AUGGAGGUUAAAAUUAAUGAGUCUACGGUCACUCGAAUCUUACAAACUAAGGAUCAACAACUUUCAAAUGAAAUCGUAAAUCCAGAUGCCAAGCGACAUAGGACCAUUAUUGUACCAGAGCUUGAGCUAGCACUCAAGGAAUUCAUACUAAUCUAUCAACACCGCAUUAUUCUAAGCGAUGCUAUGAUGAUCGAAAAGGCAAAAUUGAUAAUAAAGCUUCAUGAAGAAGCAGGUUCUGUUGAUGAGGAUGUUAUUACUGAAUCCUUACCUUUAUUGCAAAAGUGCAAAAAAAAUAAGGAAUGUAUUUCUGUAUCAUUAUGUGCAAAUGCUGAUAGAUCCCAUAAGUUGGCCCCUCUUAUAAUUGGCAAAUAUACCAAACCCCGAUGUUUCAAAAAUGUAAAAAUUAAUAAUUUGACUAUGACAUAUAGGAGCAAUGCUAAAGCUUGGAUGCUUGUGAUUCUUUUUCAAGAGUGGCUUCAGGAUUUUGAUUACCAAAUAUUGCAGAAGCAUAGGAGCCAGCAUGUUCUUUUACUUCUUGACAAUUAUUCUAGUCAUAAAUUAGACGGGUUAACCCUCCGCCUAUCAUCGUUUUCAUCUCCA